GGGCGUUUGAGCCAAGAGGUACGUACUGCUGGCCUUGUCUUAUCGAUUGCUUGCAUGGACUGCGAAUUUUUUGGGCGGGAUCUUUCCAGGUACCCCCCACCAAGGCCAGGCAGGUUCUACUUGCAGUUGAACCACCAUCACCAAAAUCAUCCAACCCUCUGCCAAUCGAGUCGACAACCUCUCGCCCUCGUACAGAAUACAUACUUGGCCGAGACUCUCAAAGACGCCCUAUAGAGGCAGAAACGAAACACACAAUGGCUGAGAACGCGAGCAACGCGGGGCCCGAGCCUGGGUCGAGGGUCACCAUCGGUAUCACCUUUGGUAACUCGAACAGUUCCAUCGCCUACACCACGGACUCGAAAGCUGAGGUCAUUGCCGAUGAGGCAGGUGACCGCCAGAUCCCCACUGUCCUCUCAUACAACGAUGGCGACGAGUACUACGGUGGCCAAGCAAAGGCCUUCCUCGUCCGCCAGCCCAAGAUCACCAUCGCCUACUUCCGCGACUUCCUAGGCCAGGACUUCAAGUCCAUUGACCCCACCCACUGCCACGCCGCCGCCCACCCCGAGGACACAUCCGGCACCGUCUCCUUCAGCGUCAAGGACAAGGAGGAGGAAUCAUCCACGCUCUCCGUCUCCGAAGUCUCGACGCGCUUCAUGCGCCGCCUGGUCUCGGCUGCCUCUGACUACCUCGGAAAGAAGGUCACAUCGGCCGUCAUCACCGUGCCCACCAGCUACACCGAGAAGCAGCGCGAGGCCCUCAUCAAGGCUGCCAACGACGCCGGCCUCGAGAUCCUCCAGCUGAUUGCCGACCCUGUUGCCGCGAUCCUGGCUUACGAUGCCCGGCCCGAGGCGGAUAUUUCCGACAAGAUCGUUGUGGUUGCCGACCUGGGCGGCACUCGCUCUGAUGUGACCGUCGUCGCCUCGCGCGGUGGCAUGUACACCAUCCUCGCCACCGCCCAUGACUUUGACUUUGCCGGCGUCCACCUCGACAACGCGCUCAUGGAGCACUUUGCCAAGGAGUUUAUGAAGAAGCACAACACUGACCCCCGUUCCAACCCCAAGUCGCUGGCCAAGCUGCGCCUGGAGGCCGAGGCCACCAAGAAGGCUCUGUCCCUGGGUAGCAACGCCCAGUUCAGCGUGGAGAGCUUGGCGGACGGCUACGACUUCUCCGUCUCGAUCAACAGGAUACGCUACGAGAUGGUCGGUCGCAAGGUCUUUGACGGCUUCAACCGUCUGGUCGAGGGCGCCGUCAAGAAGGCUGGCCUCGACGUGCUGGACGUCGACGAGGUCGUCAUGUGCGGCGGCACCUCGCACACUCCCCGCAUCGCCAACAACCUGCGCGGCAUCUUCCCCGAGACCACCACCAUCCAGGCCCCCGCGACCUCGACGACGGCCAUCAACCCCUCCGAGCUCCAGGCGCGUGGUGCCGCCCUCCAGGCCUCGCUGAUCCAGGAGUACGAGGCCGCCGACAUUGAGCAGUCGACGCACCCGGCCGUCACCACCGUCAAGCACAUUGCGAACGCCAUCGGCGUCGUCACCGGCGAGAACGGCGACGUGUUCCUCCCCAUCAUGCCCGCCGAGACCGCAGUCCCCGCGCGCCGCACCGUCCAGAUCCCCACACCCGCCGAGGGCGGCGAUGUCCUGGUCCGUGUCGUCGAGGGCGGCACCCACAUCAAGGUCACCAAGCCCGAGCCCAAGCCCGCCAAGGAGGCCAGCGACGACAAGGAGGAUGACGAGGACGACUCGGACUUUGACUCGGACGAGGAGGAAGAGGAGGAGAAGAGGGAAAAGAUCUGGAAGAUUGGCGGUGAGCUCGCCGAGGCGGCCAUCCGCGGUGUCAAGAAGGGCGGCAAGGUCGAGGUGACGAUCAACGUGGCAGCCGACCUGGGUGUCACGGUGACCGCGAGGGAAGUGGGCGCCAAGGGCGGUGUCAGGGGCCAGAUCUAGAUUUGAUGUUUUUACAGUGCACGCUUCAUAGACGCUACGAAGGAUAGACGAGGAAAAGUUGAUGAGACAAUAUUAUGAACAAUGUCAGCCCCCCGCGUUCAGAUCCAGCUUUUACGAUAAUGAGCUCAGACGUCCUUUGAGCAAAGGUGUCCCGACUCCCCUAGCCAGCUUCAGCUCGCAGCAUAAGAACUCUCCCACAAGCAUUAAUCUGGCUACACAACGACAAUGAAGUUGCAAAGUUUCCUGUCACGAACAUGAGACGGCCUUGUGUAGUAGUCAAAUCGGCAGUGUACAAUUAACCUCGCCUGG